GGAACAGGCGUGGAAUACAAAGUCUAGAAAUGAGUCAAAUGACAGCAUCGGCAAAUCGGACCGUAGUACAUACACUAAAAAGUCGGUAUCUUGAAUUCUACGCCAGUUAUAUACCCCCUUCCUUCUCUGCUUUGAAAGAGAAGGACUUUCCCCCCUCAAAUGCAAGUUACGAUAUCUCUGCUCCCCGUUUCCCUUUCUCUUGUACACGUUCCCCGUUCACGGCUUGCUCACCUUUCGUCCCCUAUCAUUCGGCAAAUCCUCCAACCAAAUCCUACAUUUCUCAAUUUAACCUGCAAUGAGAUUGAACUCUCCAUCUUUGCUGAAUCCCAUGUUCUGGACGAAUUUGAGACUAUAGCACGACGCGAUAGGCAGAAACAGAGGUCCAGGUCUGGCUCUGGCUCGAGUCGAAAAAAUUUCCCCGACAGUCAGGUCGUGGAGCCAGUGCAAAUAUCUUAUGAGAAAUGGAGCGUUCUACAGAUAGAUUCGCAUAGCGAUGCUCUAGAUAAUGCUGGUGCUCGGGUAUAUGAAGUGUCUGCACCCCUCGCCGCUGCGGGAAUAUCUAUUUUGUAUCAAUCGUCAUACUUGAGCGACUUCAUCUUCGUAAAAGAGUCCCGGCUUCAAGAAGUCAUGGCGCUAUUUUCUGCAGCUGGAUUCGAUCUCUACUCCGAUAAUUUCAACUCUAACAGUAUUAUCUCACCACCGCCUUCUCCGCUUCUUGAUUACAAUGCCGGCUCUGAUGCAAUCUCAGGAGCCGUCCUCACGAGAACACGAACUAGUACAGAUAGCUUGUCCUCUUUAUCAGCUGUUACCUCUAGCGACAGUGGUUCUCAAACCCCUUCGCGUACAAAAUCCCACUCUCCUGCAUCAGGAGAUGUUCAGAUACUCACCCCGGACCUCACCUGUGUGGGUUUGUCAGAUGAGCACGUUGAUCAUUGGUCUCUAAAAAUCAUCAAGUUGAUCGCCUUCCCGGACCUCAUCCCUUCUUCUGGGAAGAUAUCGUCGAAAUUCACGGUGCAAAAUCAACACCCCUAUCAUCCGUUGUUUGAUGCCCUGGCUUCUACGUCGAUACGACUUCCUCCUCGUGCUCGGUCGAGCUCGAAUGAUUCGUCUCUCAAAUAUGGAUCUUCUUCUUCAUCAAGCGUCAACGAAUAUGACGAUGAAGAAGGUUACUUUUCACACUCACCCACCGGCUUAAGCGCGAACCAAUCGACGUCUUCUCUCAUUACAUCGGCUACUUCUUCGAUGUCCGACUCGAAGUCACCUGAGUCAACAGCUCCCCAUUCUGUCAGUAUACAACCGCCUCUCGCCUCUCCAUCGUCACAUCGACCUCCCUCCAAACACUUAAUGGGUCCUUUGUCCCCUUUAUCACCCAUAACGACCACUCCCAUAAUCCCAGACGGUGUCAAAUUUUCUAGUCUGGCUUCAUUUACAUCUGAACCGCGCACCCAUUCGAUUUCUUCUGGAAGCCAUAGCGCGGCCGGAAAGAGUUCAUCCAAAGUGCUUUCCUCUCGUGUACCGUUCUUCAACAUUACGAGGACAACAGAAGGCACUUCAUUUACGACUGACGUAGAUCUUCUUGCGAGACUAUUUCCACCUCACGAGAGAUAUAUGGUUGUCUGCGGAGUCGAGCUAGAUGCCGCCGACGAGAGAAUUGCACGGCAGGAAGCUACAGGUGGAUUUUCCGUGGAUGAAAGUGUAGACCACGGCGACGAGCUCGUUUUCCCCCAAGAUGCGGAGGUUAACAGUGGAGGGGAGGAUUUCGAUGAAAGUGGAUUGCUGAAAUGCUUACAGAUUGAUUUACGCAAAUUUGGAUUAGACAAGCACGGUCUUGUCAACCGUUUUUCGCGUGUCCUCGAAGAAAAUGGGAUUAACCACAUGCAUAGCUCGACGUACAAGACUGCUAAUCUGCUCGUUGGGAAGAGGCAUGCCACGCGUGCCUGUGCGCUUCUACGCGCUUGCUAGAGCUUCUUUGGAGUGCUACCGCCGCAUAUCCAUGGUGGCUAUUUAUCAUAUCUAUCCGUCGUUCGACGUGUCACAUCUCAACUCUGCUGUUGUAUUCUUAAAUCUCAAGACCAAAAUUUUACGGAUGAUACCAUACUCAUACUGUACCACUGCCGUCAUAAAGAAGACUCGAAACGACGACUCAUCGGAACUCCUCUUGCUUAGAACCAGGAUCAAGCAGUCCUUUGACCUUUUCUAUCGGAAAACAUCACUUAUCUCGUCGUAUUCCAUUGGCGUUCUCCAAUAAAUGCUCCGUUUCUCAUGGAUCUGUAUUCGAUUCUUCUGAUAUCCACU